AUGACGGUCCCCUCACUCCUUUCUCUACUGCUGGCGCUUGCUGUCACGCUAUGUAGCGCAUCUGCCAUAGCAUCUUCGGACUAUCAUGAAAAGCUCCUCCUUCAGCCGCUUCCCCAAUCUUCUCUUCUCGCCUCGUUCAAUUUCCGGGGUAAUACAUCUCAACAACUCUUCGAUAGCCAGCACUUCCGAUACUUUCCACGAGCACUGGGUCAGAUUCUCCAACAUGCCUACACCAAAGAGCUUCACCUUCGAUUUACUACCGGACGAUGGGAUGCUGAAAGUUGGGGCCCACGGCCAUGGAAUGGGAGCAAGGAAGGAGGGACUGGAGUUGAACUCUGGGCCUGGAUUGACGCGACAGAUGACGAGGAAGCGUUUGCAAAAUGGAUUACUUUGACACAAUCACUCUCCGGUCUGUUCUGCGCUUCCCUGAACUUCGUGGACUCGACCCGAACCACUCGCCCAGUUGUUUCAUUCAAGCCUACUGGUGAUCAUAAAGAUGUCAAUGGGCUGCAUCUUCUUCAUGGAACUCUCCCUGGCGAGGUGGUUUGCACGGAGAAUUUAACCCCCUUCCUGAAGCUGCUUCCGUGCAAGGGUAAAGCAGGAAUUUCAAGUCUUUUUGAUGGCCACAAGCUUUUUGACGCCGCAUGGCAAAGCAUGUCCGUGGAUAUGCGGCCUAUAUGUCCUGUGGAAGACGAAUGUGUCGUUCAAAUCGAGCAGACUGUGGAUAUGGUUUUGGAUAUUGAGCGAUCUAAGAGACCCCGUGCGAACCCAAUUCCAAGACCGGUUUCCAACGAAGAUUUGCUCUGUGAUACAUCCAAACCCUAUAACUCCGAAGAUACCUGUUUUCCCCUGGAAAGGGCAAAUGGAGAGGCCUGGAGCUUAAAGGAGGUGUUCGGACGAUCGCUGAAUGGGGCAUGCCCUCUUACAGAGUCUAAUGGGUCAAGUGAGCAACCUAUUUGUCUAAGAGUUCCUCAUGAACGCGGAGUCUUUAUCUCCGAGGGUGCUGUGGAGGAUAAGAAGAACGAUGGCUUUACACGCUGCUUUACCUUGCCAUCUUCGCAGCCAUUUGACCUUUCCAUUCCUCAACAACCCAUCCAGACCGAAGUUCCGAUUGAAGAACCCGUCUUACAUGCAGAGCGCACGAUUGUUGGCCACGGCCAGGAGCGUGGCGGCAUGCGUAUAAUGUUCAGUAACCCGUCCAACACGACGGCCGUCGAUUUUAUCUACUUCGAGUCUCUUCCGUGGUAUCUCCGACCGUAUAUCCAUACAUUACAGGCCACUAUCACAGGUCGUGAUGAUGUGCGGCGAGAAGUCCCUGCCUCAAACCUUAUCAGCGAAACCUUCUACCGUCCAGCUAUUGAUCGUGAACGCGGAACUCAGCUCGAGUUAGCCCUGUCCGUCCCAGCAGCCUCGACAGUCACUCUGACGUACGACUUUGAAAAGGCUAUCUUGCGAUAUACUGAAUAUCCGCCGGAUGCUAACCGUGGAUUCAAUGUUGCGCCUGCCGUCAUCCGCGUCUUGACUGCGGGGGAUGCCGCUCCGGUCUAUAUUCGAACUACAAGUCUGCUUCUUCCGUUGCCGACCCCUGAUUUCAGCAUGCCCUACAACGUGAUCAUUCUCACGAGUACAGUGAUUGCACUUGCGUUCGGUACUAUUUUCAAUAUUUUGGUUCGUCGAGUAGUCUCUGCUGAUGAGGCUGCUGCACUCGGAGCCCAAUCUCUCAAAGGCAAGCUACAGGGCAAAUUGAUAGCUAUCCGUGACAAGCUUCGUCCGAAGGAGACCAAAGUCGAGUAG